UGCGCAGCGCUGACAGGUGGCUAAGAAAGUGUGUGUGGUCAUAUGACCGCAUGCAUUUGUGCUAUAUUCUCUGCAGCUGAGGCUGAGCUGUCUGAACAACAGGAUGAACUAUGGUAGGAUGUGACCUGCUCACCUUUUCUCCAGAGCAUAAUGUCACAGGGUCGAGGAAUCUGGGUAGGAAGUACCAAGCUGGUGAGCUGGUUUAUUCUCCCGUACCUUCUCCUCCUGGCUUUACCGUGCAUGGGCUUCCUCCCUAACUUUUGGUCGACAGUGUUGACUCUGUCCUGGGACUCACACACACACCAGUAUAUCACAGAGCAGGCCAUCGUCAAUGUCACCCAGGAGACUCUGAGGGGCACCAGAAAACUCCAGGGGAAGCAUGCAAAGGGGGAGACCAGACUGGGCCGAGGCUUCCGGAAAGCCGUGGGGGAGGUGGUGAAGUCCAACGCAGCCAUGGACUUCGUCAGCUCGACCAUGUCGGACCCAGUCUACCACUUUGAUUCAGAGCGAGUUGACAGCGCCGUGGUGAUGUUACGGCAGUUCUGGACUCAGACUGUGCUCUCAGUACGAGCCAAAGAGUACCAAAGUGCCCGUCGCAGCUUGGGUCAGCUAUUUCAUUCAUUGCAGGACUUCUACAGCCACAGCAACUGGGUGGAGAUGGGCCAGCGCUCCAUUUAUCUCCACCUGCUGCAGCCAGAGCAGCCUGCUGUUCCUGUAGCUAAAGAGGACACGCCUACCUGCAUGGAGUGCUUCAGUCAUACCUGUCGAAAUAACCUCCUGCCAAGACUGACAAGCACACAGGGAGACUCCCAGCUGCUCACCACUGGCUACUUCGGCACAUUUCCUCCAAAACCUCAGGGCAAAUGUAGUCACGGAGGUAUUCUGGACAGCAGUCGCAACCUGGGGGCCAAAGGGGGCAUCAACAAGGACAGCACCUCACCGUUGUUCUCCCCUCACCAUUACCUCCAUGUCAAAGCUGCCACUUUGGCUACUGAGGCCACUCUAAGUGUACUGAGGGACCUCAGAGACACCGUGGGACACACAACAUUUCUCAAGCUCUUCAGUGUGAACCAGGUUCCCGCAUUAGUAUUUGUCAUGGACACCACAGGCAGCAUGUUUGAGGAGAUCACUGCCGCUCGCCUUCGGGCUCACUCCAUCAUCCGGAGCCGAGCCAACAACCCCGAGCAGGCUGGAACCUUUCUGCUUGUGCCCUUUCAUGACCCAGGUGUAGGACCAGUGUAUGAGACUGAGGACCCAAACCAGUUUAUGCAACACAUGGAGAGCCUGAUGGCCCUGGGAGGAGGAGAUGAACCAGAGAUGUGCCUCUCUGCCAUUCAGCUGGCCCUCACUCACAGUCCACCACUGUCAGAGAUCUUUGUAUUCACCGAUGCUUCCCCUAAAGACGCCCAUUUGUUUGAUGCAGUAAAGGCUCUCACCCUCGAGAAACAGAGCAAGGUGACAUUUCUCCUUACUGAAGACGCCAACGGCACGACAGCAGGCCGAAGGCGUCUGAAGAGGAAGAGGAGGAGUAAGGAACCUUUGUCUCCUGAUCGUUUCUCUCUCUACUCCUCCCUGUCCUCCCUGUCAGGAGGACUGACAAUAUUCACCACCAACUCUGACAUACACAGAGUGUCUACAAUAGUGGAGGAUAACACAGCUGCUGACAAGGUGACACUCCUCCAUGUGGAAAGUGACCACGAGACCAUGUCCGUCCAUUCCUUCAGAGUUGACAGCUCCAUAAAAAACGUCACCCUACAUGUCACUGGCACUAUGAUGGAGUGUAUUCUUACCAGUCCGUCAGACCGAAGCCAGUCUCUGUUGAGUGAGCAAGGCCCUCUAGCAGAGUUGGAGCACUUUCAGGGUCUGUACCGCAUCAGCCUUCUUCCACCUAUACAGCCUGGACAGUGGAAACUUCAAGCCAAGAGUGACGGCCACCUCACUUUUAACGUAAUAGGUGACAGCAGUGUCGAUUUCCUGUAUUACUUUGCCACCGUAACCAAUGACACACACCCAGGUUUGGCCAGAAUGGAGGGUAGUCCUGUAGCAGGUGUCCCUGCCUUUCUGGUGCUGGCUGUGACAGGCCUGGCGUCAGAGGAGGAGGCAUCUUUCAGUCACGUCACCCUGCUGGGAGCUGAAGGGGAGAACCUGCAGCAUGUGAAGCUGAACUCCUCCUCAUCAGCAGCGUCAACCUACUCUUUGGAGGAGCUGGUAGGAUUGGUGGAUCCUGUUCCCAGAGUUCCCUUCUGUGUUCGACUUACAGGCCAAGACAGCAAAGGAAACAAGCUGGAGAGAGUUUCCACAGAGCUGUUGCAUCCCACUCACGUUCAGAUACAGGUGUUGUCCGUCCCCCGCCUUGUACCUGGUCACAGCACCGUAGUGGACUUUGACAUCCUGAACCAUGGUCCUGAACGACUCUUCAGUUUGACUGCUGACGACAACUGUGGUUAUCUUCGCACCAAAGGACCACACAGGUUCCCUGUUGCAGAACAGGGGUCUUUCCGUGGCCAGGUGGACCUCCUGACCUCUGCCGAAGCUCAGGCAGGAGCGACUGUCACACUUAUACUCACUGUGCAUGCUCUCGACUCUCCAGAUUCAAAUUAUGCAGUGGCCUACUUGACUGUGGUCCCCCCGGAUUCUGACACAUCACCACCGUCCUGCUCUGCUGCACGAGUCCAGUCUAACUGUCCUUCCAUUUGCAAUCAGUCUAGCUGGAGCGUGUCUCUAGUUGUGUCAGAUACCGGUCGCUCAGGCCUUACUGCCAUCCAACUGCAGAACGGUGAAGGUAUUCUGACUUUAUUCCACAGCCCCCCACCCACAGAGGACACCCUUGAAGAGGCCCAGAAAGGCCCUGACCAGAAACAGGUACACAGGGACGAGAUAACCAACGCAGGCCACCAUCACCACCACAAGGCCACCCUACAGAGUGGAGACCCCCCUGUGAAUGUUUCUGAAUGGUCACUGGAUUCAUCUCAGCCACUGUGGGCGAGGUACACAUCCAGCUGCUGUUCUGCUCAGGCAGAGAUGCUGGUGUGGGACGCAGCUGGAAACAUGAAACGCUGCCAUCUAACAUCUGGUCAGCAGAGGACAGAAUCCAGUGGAAGUGGACGGCUAAAGCCUUCAGGCGUCUUUUUCUUCUUGUUCGCUCUUCUGUGGUCUCCCCUGCUUUAGGUCAACAGGAUUACAGAUGUUUUGCUGGUCAAAAUUGUUGUUGGCCACUGGAUUCCAGACAAGGAAAUAAAAAUACAGAGUGUGACCUGUUGGAGGGGAAAAAUGUGAAAUCAGGAACUGCACUUAAUGAAAAUAAAUGCUAACACUUAAGUUUGCUACUGUGAUUCUUAAAAUGCACCAAAUAAAGGGAUUAGUCUUUUUUGUGAGCUU